UCUCUUUCUCAUCGUCCGAAACGAAUUCUCUCUUCUUCAGGCAUUAGCACCAACAACGAGCGGAACACGAUAAUGCUAACUCCACCAGAACAGUUUGGCAUCGUCGAGCCAGGGCUCUACCGGUCCGACACCCUGCAUCCGUCCCACUUCCCCUUUAUCCGCUCCCUCAACCUCAAGACCGCUCUCCUCCUCACGCCCGAACUGCCCUCCCGAGCCAUGUCCAAUUUCUUUGAAGAGAACAAUAUUCGACUGAUCGAUCUCGCCUUAGGGUCAUGGAAGAAUAAUAACAAUAAUAGUACCAAUAACAGUAAUAUCAAUAGCAGCAACGCGAGCGGUAGUACCGCGGAUGGACAGCAACAGGAUUCAAGCACAGGAUCCGGAGGAGGAGCAGGAGUCGGAGGAGGGAACAGCGUCGUCGCCUUGACGACAACGCCCUCGGUCCCUGCAGCACCGUUCCAGACGAGUUGGUGGAAACCAUUGAGCGAAGAGCUCAUCAAGGAUGGACUGGAGAUGGUCCUGGACGCGAACAAUUAUCCUAUCAUCGUUAUGGACACGUCGGGGAUCCACGAGAUCGGCACGUUUAUGGGCUGUCUCCGUCGACUUCAGCAUUGGAAUUUCAGUUCCAUCAUCGUCGAAUACCGUGCCUACGCCGGGAACAAGGCCCGCUAUGUGAACGAACAGUUUAUCGAGCUCUUUGAUAUCGAUUGGAUCACCUUACCAGAGUGUCUACCUACCUGGUGGAUCGAACAGGAGCAGAUGUGGCGCGAGGAGGAAGAAGAACGAGAGAUGCAGUUGCAACAGGAGCGCGAGGCAGAGGCACAGCUACAGAAUGAACGGCAGCAGCCAAUGGCCAUCGCUUCAGCUGACCCACCAUCAUUGUAGCCAUUUGCAUAUUGUAUAAUAGUACACUUUUUUCCCUAUCGCCCUGUACAUCAUAAUAUAUCCAUCAAAAGUUUUGUCCGCAAAAGUCAAUAGGUCUUCCCGCUUAUGAAUUGG